UAUUAUCAAAAUCUGUUUGCAUUAAGUUCAGCAGAAAGGGAGAUCAAGGAGCACUUGAACCAGAACAAAUUAAGAGAUGCUCGCAUGAAAGUGGCAACUAUUACCAAUGAAGAUUUAGUACUGAAAGAUGUAGAAGGCGACACUCCUCCCAUGAUUAUUGCAUGUGAUGACAUCAGAAGUCAAUCAUACUAUGAAAACUUGGUUGCAGUCACAGAACGACAGAAGUAUAUUAACAUCUGUUGUGAUGUGCCUGUCAAUAAGGUCCACAGGAGGUGCUCUUCUUGCCUGUCCAAUGAUCUCACUUCAUUCUAUUCAUCACUGGCAAUGAAGAACAAUAGUGGAGACACACUGCUUACAUGUGUCAUCAAGUUGAAGUAUCCAGAGAAGGUGAUUAUGUACAUCUGUGAGAACUUGAUGGCUCGUUCAGCUGAUAUCCAGCGGGUGUUUGAUCGUGAGAGUGUAACAUCAUUUUAUUUGAGGCAUACAGGAGAAUAUCCUGUCUUAAAACAGAUGUUGCACCUUGCUCAGGAAAUGAGAUGCAAUCCACACUUUAAACACUGGACAUGCAGCCAAUAAAUACAAGAUUCUACUUAUUAGAUAAAAUGUGAUACAUGAGAAUUAUAUGUUGUCACAUAUUUAAAUAAGAAAUCGAAAUACUCCAAUUAAGAUUUGAAGCAUCUAGGUCCAGAGUCAUAACAAGUAAAGGCCUAAAGUUAAACAUUGUUAUUCAAGAAAUAAUGAAGAUGUCAUGCUUUUUUAUGUUUAGAAUCCUUCCCCAAAAUAGAUUUUUAUGUUUGCAAUACAAGUAGCAUGGCAUAGGCAUAUGUACAGAUGAUUAAAAUAUGCAUGAUAUGAGCCAAAGCUUACUUAUGGUCAGCUAUUUCACCUGCUCUAAGGCACCAAAGAUUUUACUUAUCAGCUUUAUUUCAACCAUAAUUGCAAGACCAAAUAGGCCAAUGUAUAUCUGCCACAGAAAUGGUUCUGGGAAAAAGGAUGCUAUACUUGAACCGGUUUUCUGCCAGGUGGACCUUAUUCUUAUUAUUAUUCUUCUUAUUAGUAUUUUGUGCCUUGACAUCUCAUUUCUUUUUUGUUUGUUUAUUUUUUAGAGGAUAUGUAUAUAUGUACCUGAUUGAACUUAUAUGUAUUAAGCAGAUAAUGGUAGCAAAAUGGUUGAGACACAGUUUACCAUUUUUCCCCUGGUGACCAAAAGCCAGCUUUAUAAUUAUAAGCUUUAAAUAUAGUCUUGUGGUUGCUUUUUAUCAUUAGUGAAAGUAGUCUGUCAAAAUGCAUUAUCAUACUUCAUAAUUAUUUUUUUUUUUAUGAAUUUGUCACAAGUGUCAUAUGACAGUUGUACUGUUGGCCUUCAUUCAGGUAUUGUUUUUAUUUUUAUGCAAACAAUGACUUUUACUUGAUUUUCUUUGCUUCAGGAAUCAGUUUCAUAGCAUUAGGAGCUGCUUUUCUUCCCAUACAAUAGUCCUGUUUUAAUAAGUCUUAGGUGUCAUACUAAGAAAUUAUAGUUUUAUUCAAUUCAUCAUUUUCAGGCCUGAAAAUAUUUCAAUUAAUCUUUUUCAGGCCUGAAAAUAUUUUUUAUAUCUUAACUGUAUCCCCUGUAUAUGUAUGGGAUAGAUACCCUGUGUGACAUUUAACAUUGUACUUUUGCAUUUAAGUGUGCAGACCAAAUUAUUGCCUAAGUGUGAUUAUAUUUCAUAGAAGUAUAAAUGGUUCUGAAUAGAACUUUGAUGAUAAUGCAUCCUAGUGUUAUUUGUCAAUAAGGUAAAUAUACUGCCUGUAUUAAUAUGGAAGAUUUUAUCCCUUAAUAGGAAGAAUAAACAUAUAAUAAGUUCA